AAGGCAGAACUGCAUGAUAGAACGGACUCGACGUCCACUACUGCGGCGUCAGGUAGAUGCCGUCCAGAGCAAGUCAUCACAUGGAGCGCGCUAAAUCCGGUCGCAGCAGUGGCUGUGAUUGGGGUCUGUUUGACGCUAAAAUAACGGCAUCAGCGGGUCCACGUGUAGGGCUGGUUUCGAUCUCGUGGCAUUGCCUGGGCUUGACCAACGGGGCGUGCAUAAUGUUGUUGAUCAGGUGAAGAGCAGAAAAGAAACACUCAACCCAAUAAUGUCAGGUCAUUCUCAAAUUUCCUAUCACAGCACUCACAGCACACCAGCGC